GCUCCUUAACCUAGCAGCUUAGGCAGGUGCUGGUAGUUCCCAGGAAGAGCUCUUGGGGGAUGGAGCAGACUGAAGCUGGCUGAGAGAGAAGGUGCCUCGGGGACUGUGAAGCCGAGCUGAGCCAAGAUGCUGCCGGAGCCCCUGAAGAGGGUCUGGUUUCUGGAGACUCAGAGUUGGCUCUGAAACAGCCCUUGGGGAGCCCCCCCCCCCCCCCCCCCCCCCGCUUGCCUGCAGGGACGCUCUUGGCUCCUGUGAAGAAGGGGCUCAGGGGCCUGGGCAGGGCCAGCUGCACUGCAGCUAUGGACCGUGAGCUGGCCUGGCCCGUGUCCUUGCUGACCCUGCCUGUCUGCGGCCAUGCCCACCAUGGGCUCCUGGGUGUACAUCAUGGUGGAGCUGGCAAUUGCUGUGCUGGCCAUCCUCGGCAAUGUGCUGGUGUGCUGGGCUGUGUGGCUGAACAGCAACCUACAGAACGUCACCAACUACUUUGUGGUGUCACUGGCGGCAGCCGACAUUGCUGUGGGAGUCCUCGCUAUCCCCUUCGCCAUCACCAUCAGCACAGGGUUCUGUGCUGCCUGCCAUAAUUGCCUCUUCUUCGCCUGCUUUGUCCUGGUCCUCACGCAGAGCUCCAUCUUCAGCCUCCUGGCCAUCGCCAUUGACCGCUACAUCGCCAUCCGCAUCCCACUCCGGUACAAUGGCUUGGUGACUGGCACAAGGGCCAAAGGCAUCAUUGCAGUCUGCUGGGUGCUGUCAUUUGCCAUUGGCUUGACUCCCAUGUUGGGCUGGAACAACUGCAGCCAGCCGAAGGAGGGCAAAAACCACUCACAGGGCUGUGGGGAGGGCCAGGUAGCCUGUCUCUUCGAGGAUGUGGUUCCCAUGAACUACAUGGUGUACUACAACUUCUUUGCUUGUGUCCUGGUGCCCCUGCUGCUCAUGCUGGGUGUCUACUUGCGGAUCUUCCUGGCUGCUCGGCGACAGCUGAAGCAGAUGGAGAGCCAGCCUCUGCCGGGGGAGCGGACUCGGUCCACGCUGCAGAAGGAGGUCCAUGCUGCCAAGUCGCUGGCCAUCAUUGUGGGGCUCUUUGCCCUCUGCUGGCUUCCCCUGCACAUCAUCAACUGCUUUACCUUCUUCUGCCCAGAGUGUAACCAUGCCCCGCUCUGGCUCAUGUACCUGACCAUCAUCCUCUCCCACACCAAUUCCGUUGUGAAUCCCUUCAUCUAUGCCUACCGCAUCCGUGAGUUCCGCCAGACCUUCCGCAAGAUCAUUCGCAGCCAUAUCCUGAGGCGACGGGAGCCCUUCAAGGCAGGCGGCACCAGUGCCCGGGCCUUGGCAGCUCAUGGCAGUGAUGGAGAGCAGAUCAGCCUUCGCCUCAAUGGUCAUCCUCCUGGGGUGUGGGCCAAUGGCAGUGCCCCCCAUCCUGAGCGGCGGCCCAAUGGCUAUGCCCUGGGGUUGGUGAGUGGAGGGAGUGCCCACGAGUCCCAUGGGGACAUGGCCCUCCCAGAUGUGGAGCUCCUCAGCCAUGAGCUCAAGGGAGCAUGCCCAGAGUCCCCUGGCCUUGAGGGACCCCUGGCCCAGGAUGGAGCAGGAGUGUCCUGAUGAUCCACUGAGUUUGCCCUUUCCUCCAGGAAGGAAAUCUUUCUCUUUGGUGGAUGGAACCAGUCACGUUGGGAGAAGAAUGAAUGUGCCUGGAGACCCUUCUUGUGGCCAGUUCCCACUUUGGACUGAGAGGAGAGUACCCUGGCUGGAGCAGCAUGAGGCCCAGCAGGAAGGGUUUGGAGUCCGAGGAAGCAGACAUUUCAUGUUGGGAGGCCCUGCAUCAGGUCAGGGCCACGGCAUCAGAACAUCUUGGCUGGGCAGGGCCCAGUACCCCACUCGAAGCAUCUAGAAAUACCACCCUAACUUCACAGAGCAGCUGUGGCAGAGCAGGCUGGCUAGCCCUAAGGCUGGGGGUGGCUACAACAGACCCCCCUAAUCACAUACACACCACCCUCCCGAGACUUUCCAAGGGUUCAGGAGCUGCUGUGCCCAGAGAUGGCGUGUUUUUGUUUUUGUUUUUUCCAGGAGAAAAUGUUAAACCUGAAGAAAUCCCUUUUCUUUUUUUUUUUUUUUUUAAAUCAUCUUCCUUCCCUGGUUGCUGGGUCUGUUGUUGGUCUUGCUGCUAACCUGGCCUCAGAGGUCAGCCCAGGGAGUCCCAGGCAGCUCUCACUGGCUGCCAUGAGCUGCCAUGCACUUCUUACCCCAUCAGUCCCAGGGCCAUUUCUUAAGGCCACAGAGCUGGGCUCAAGGACAGGGAGUUGUAAUGGAAUGGUGUCAGACUGUGGGCUUAAGGGAGGAGGUGGGGACUGGCCCACCAUGGCGUGUGCCUGGGUAGCUCAGAGCUGCCCAGUUAGAGGCCCUAUCUAACUGCCUUUCCUUCUGAAGGGAAUGUUUUUUUCUGAGAUAAAAUAAAAAUGAGCCAUGUUGUGUUUUAAA